ACAAUUUAUAUCGCGCCUGCUCCUUUCGUUUUUAUAUCGCGCCUGCGCCUCUCAUCACUCGUCAUAACUGUCCUGGAAACGUAAAGGUGACGACUCAAGAUCACCUUACGUCUCUCUCUCUCUCUCUCUCCUUAUCAUAUGUAUAUGCUUUUUAAAAUGUCUUUUGAUGAUCAUGUCUGCACUUUCACAUUCACACCCAAUCUCGCUUCCUUUCUUUUGCCCUCUCCUUCUGUAGUGAUUUCAUCCCUCAAUUAGCUUUUCCUGCUCUCUCUCUCUCGCUCUCUCUGCUAUCAGCCUAUCACCCUUGAUAUCCUCUUUAAAGUUUUCCUGGUCUUUGCAAAACCCAAUUUGGGAAAGUAAAGAAAGCAGAAGAAACCAUGAAAGACAGAGGCAAAGCUGUGCAAGUCAGUGGGGGUAAUUGGUUUUCAGACUAUUCUUCAUCGGACGUUCCCUGCAGAAAACACCCAUCUUCCUCCUCUUCAGCUGGAAUCUGCGCUUACUGUCUCAAGGACCGAUUGAUAAAGCUCGUCUGCUCCGACUGUGGAGAACAACGUCUCUCCUCUUGCUCCUGCUCCGACAUAUCUUCCUAUCGCAAUUCUUGUACCGUCGAGGUUGGUAGUGUCGGCCGGGUUUCCUUCCUCAUUGAGAACGAGAAGGCUGACUUAUUACGUUCUAAUUCGAAGCCUGUCUGUGAUGAAAAGUCUGAAUCUGUUGUUCUUCUCAAGAGGAGUAGCAGCAGCUCCAUUGAUGUCCAAAAGAGUGGUCUUUGGAAGUUUAGGAGGUUUUUCAGGAAGAAAAAAGAAAAGGGUCUCGAGAUUUCAGAGAAAAUCACUGGGGUUUCCGAAGAUAAAGGUGAAAUGUGGAUUUUCAAUUACAUGGGUAUGUCUAGAUCCAGGUCUGUCAGUGGUUUCAGGACUAGUCUUGAUGAGCCAGCCGGCAUUAAUGGUGGCGUCCCCUUUUGUAAUGGAGAUACGGUUUCAGAGUCAGGAGAGAAGAACGAUUCUGGUUGUGAGGUAAAGCCUACCUCGGGUGGCCGUAGAAGCUUUAAGUUAAGCAGCUUACCAGAGCCAUUACCUGUUAUUUCUGUAGAAACAGAGAGUGGUUUAAAGGGUGUGAAGAAGGGUGGGGGUUUAGAAUUUGGGAAUAGUUUUAGAGCUAUAAAUAGUAGAAGUUCAUGCCCAGUAGCAGCAGAAGCAGAUUUCAGUGGCUUAGAUGAUUCGGGCUUUAUUGAUUUGAAGCUUGGUUCUUCUUCAGAAUUAAAAGCAGAGCUCUCUGGUCUGAAGAUGGGAGGUUGUUUCUCUGAAUCAGAACAUGGGUUUAGCAGUGCAGGACCUGGUCAAUUUUCGAAACAUGGAAGCCGUUCUUUUCAUUAUUCGAGGGGAGAUGAGUUGUGGAGUAAUGGAGGAUCGUGCAGGAUCACAGUUAACGAGAAAGAGAUUAAGAAGAGAAACAAAAGCCUGAAAGUAUGGAGAUGGGUAUUCAGGCAUCAUUAAUCAAAUGGGAAAGAAAGUGCAAAGGUAAAGUAAAGCAUGUCUUAUGAGAUGAGAAGAAAAUUUUGAGAUUUGGAUCUUGGCGGGGGGUUUCCAGGGAUCUUAAAGUAGGAUAUUUUGGUGAACUGAAGCUCUGGUUAAUGUUGUAGUGAUUCAUUCAGUGUUGAUCACUCUUUCUUUCUGCUUUCUUCUCAUGAGAUUAAGCAUCUAGCUACUGUAAUAUAAUGCUUUCUUCUUCAUCCCUCUCGCUAGAAUGUUUUUUUGUUACUAAAUUUCAUGUUUCGCUUUAAGCUUUGAAUUU